AUGUCUGCGAACUUCGUUGAAUCUACUCAUGGUAAAAGACAACUAAAUCAUCUUGGCUAUCGAUAUUGUUUUAAACGUAAAAAUAUAAAUUCGGAAUACUGGGUAUGUGUACAAUGCAAAGCAACAGCAACAACUUAUCCAGAUUUAUCAGUCGUCGUACGUUAUAAUCACACACAUUUACCAGAUGAAUCUUGUGCAAAAAUAUUGAAAAUUAGAAAAUCGUUAAAACGUAAAAGUACUGCAGACGCAGGUCCAAUUGACUGUAUAGUUGAAGAAGCAUAUAAUAAUGCCAAUCGUCAAUCUUCAUCAACUGAUUUACUUACUAACUUACCACCACUGCAUAUAAUGAAAAAUAUAUUACAAAGACAUCGUCGGAAAAAUCGUCCACCAGUUCCACAUACAAUAGAACAAUUGCCAUUUCCAUUACCGGACACAUACUGUAAAACAACAAAUGGUGAAUCAUUUUUAUUAUAUGAUGGAUUACUUGCUGGCACUCGUUCACUCAUUUUCUCGUCAUACGGUGAUAUCGUUCAUCUAUCGCAACAAGAACAUUGGUACGGUGAUGGUACAUUUUAUACAUGUCCUUCAAUUUUUACCAGAAGUAUUAAUGGAACUUCUUCAGAAAACUGCGAUGGUGGUUCUAGUUUGUUUUUUUGA